AUAACCGUUAACAAAUUAAAAACGUUGUUUUACUUUUUGUCCAUCGAGAAGCUUUGCGUUUGAGCGAAUCAAUUCUGGAAGUAGGAUACAUAUCAUCAUACCGUGCGCAUAGCCUCUCUCCCUCUCAAGUGUUAUCACGUGCGUGAGCUAAUUUAUAGGAACAGCGUUAGGGUUGCACAAACAGAUUUAACUUCUUAGCGAGAAUGUUGUGGUAACUCGGUCUGAUUGAGGUAAAAUAUUUAGAUAAUUGGAAUUGUGAUGAUGACAAGAGGCGGGAAGAAUAACUUUUGAGAAAUACCUUAUUCUAUGACCUUUAAUAACCGGUGGCUUUACUGCUCUUCCUCCAUAUGAGAAGUUUCCCCUGAGCCCGAGACAUCUGCCGGGCACUCUGCGCUGUCCAAACUCUCUUCCACCGGGAAUAUUACGCGCAUUUGUCAUAGGUUGUUAUAUUACCUCGUUUGAAAAUAUAGGGCGAUUGUUUCGUGGUAGACUUGGGUUGCAUGCAUCAAUGCCAAGAAAUUCCAUAAGGGUAACUUUGCCCAAGGAAAACGAGAGCCAUCUGUGUAGGAUGGAGCCGGCGGCCAAGGAGAGAGGGACGACAGAGAACGGAGGCAGCUCCUCGACGAGGGCGCAAUGCUCCUCCUGCUCCAGCCUCAAGAUGUUCCUUGUGGCUCUGUCGUUUGCCUACUUUGCCAAGGCCUUGUCUGGCAGCUACAUGAAGAGCACAAUAACCCAGCUGGAGAGGCGCUUUGACAUCCCCAGUUACCUAACAGGCGUCAUCGACGGGAGCUUUGAGAUAGGUAACCUGUUGGUGAUAGCAUUCGUGAGUUACUUUGGUGCAAAGCUGCAUCGGCCCAAGAUCAUAGCCAUGGGCUGUGUACUAAUGGCCAUGGGAACAUUCAUCAUCGCUCUGCCACACUUCCUCAUCGGACGCUAUAAGUUCGAAACAUCAAUCCGAUCGUCAGUGAAUUCAACCAAUAACCUCUCUCCAUGUCCAGCGCGCCUGUUGUCACCCGCCGCACUAGCUUCGGGUGACCCGCUUUCUAAGGCACCAGGCACAGCAACAGUAGGUUGUGAAGGAGAGUCCAACCUCUCCAUGUGGAUCUAUGUGUUCCUGGGGAACGUCUUACGAGGGAUCGGGGAGACUCCAGUGCAGCCCCUUGGGAUCUCGUAUAUAGAUGAUUUUGCCAGGGAGGAAAAUGCUGCAUUUUACAUUGGCUGCGUUCAGACCAUAGCAGUCAUUGGUCCUGUGUUUGGCUAUUUACUGGGAUCCCUGUGUGCCAAAAUAUAUGUGGACAUUGGAUUUGUCAACAUGGAGAGUAUCACCAUAAGCCCUGGUGAUGCUCGCUGGGUGGGGGCCUGGUGGUUAGGUUACCUUAUAGCUGGGGUGAUCACCCUGCUUUCAGCCAUCCCCUUCUGGUUCCUGCCCCGUUCCCUGCCCAUCCCGUCAGACCGAGGCCCAGCCCAGUGCACCCCGGAGCAGACUAGCUUCAUCAAAGACUCCCCUCUCCUGGAGCAUAAGUAUCAAGCCGACGAGCCAGCCAGCUUUCUGGAGAUGGCCAAAGAUUUCAUACCAACGUUGAAAACCCUCCUGGGGAACCCAGUGUACUUCAUCUACCUGUGUGUGACCAUCAUUCAGCUGAACUCUCUCAUCGGCAUGGUAACCUACAAGCCCAAGUACAUAGAGCAGCAUUACGGACAGUCAGCAUCAAAAGCCAAUUUCCUGAUGGGUACAAUCAACAUCCCUGCCGUGGCGUUGGGAAUUUUCACUGGCGGCCUGCUCAUGAAGAGGCUGAAGCUGAGCAUCAUGGGAGCGGCCAAGUUUGCGUUCGGCACCUCUCUGAUAGGCUACUUCCUAUCCCUCUUCUUCUUCGUCAUGAGCUGCGAGAAUGCCAAAGUGGCUGGGAUCACGCUGCCCUACAACCGGGUGGAUGGUGUAUCGUAUGAGGAGCGCUCAGUAUUCUCAGCCUGUAACUCAGACUGUGUGUGUUCAGACAGAGACUGGGACCCUGUCUGUGGAGAGAACGGCAUCACGUACGUCUCUCCCUGCCUAGCUGGCUGCCAGACCUCCACAGGAUCAGGGAAGAACACGGUGUUCUCUAACUGUAGCUGUGUGGUGGUAGCAGGGCUGAGCAGUGGUAACCUGACAGCCAGUGUAGGCCACUGUCCUCACAGAGACGACUGUGACCGUGUCUUCCCUUACUUCCUGGCUCUCUCUGUCAUCACUUCCUUUAUCAUCUCCCUGGGUGGCACGCCAGGCUACAUGGUCCUCAUCAGGUGUAUCAAGCCUCAACUGAAGUCCUUAGCUCUGGGGUUCCAUACUCUGUCCACACGUACACUUGCGGGCAUCCCAGCGCCCAUCUACUUUGGGGCGAUCAUCGACACCACGUGUCUGAAGUGGGGCCAGAAGAGAUGCGGAGGGAGAGGAGCCUGUCGGAUAUACAACACUACAGCAUACAGGAUAGCUUACCUGGGUCUAACUAUGGGCCUGAGGACAGUUUCCUUCCUGCUGUGUAUACUGGGAUUUGUGCUGCUCAAACGACACCUGCGGAGAGAGGAACGCAGUGCUCACCAAGUGGCCAACGGCGGAGCAGAACUGGAGGUACUCAGGAAAGAGGAAGUCCUAGCCUCCAACUCGGACCAAUCGCUACAGACUUCCACAACAGACUACAACAACACAGAGAGAGAGACACGGCUGUGACAGUCUCCCCUGAUCCCUCAUGUUACACACACACACACACACACGAGAUGUGCAGGAACCAACAACGUGCUGCGCCAGACCAUCUCAUAGAACAUAAAUUAUAUAUUUGUACUGGACCUGUCAAGGUUAUGUAUAUUUAAAAAAUAACAUGUUUUUGAUAUAACUGACGUAUUUCAUGGAUGUACCUGCUGUAUUUUACAAAAACACAAAUGUAACGACAAAGAAUGUCAUCUUUGUUGUUUUUUACAAAGAAAGUAUUUGAUUGGAUUUGUUAACCAUUGGUUAAUUGUUUUUACUGCAGUGAGAGUCCAGUUUCGGUCACUGAGUAUUUUUGUAACAACUCCCAAGGUAGUCUACGUGAUAAUAUUGCUAUACAGCCUCAAUCUGUUGAAAGAGAAUGUCAGACAUUCUGUGUUUCUCUACUGUAAACAUUGCCAAAAUGUGAUCUCAAUAGCCCUGUUUAUACCUGGUUCUAACAUGCAUCCUUCAUCCUGAUCUUGUCCGUUUACACUUAUACACAGCAAAUUGGUCAGUGUUACCUAGUGUUGAUAUUUCAGUUUAACAUUUGUAGCGUUGAUUCAGGUGUUAAACUAACUCUGCAAGUGUUAAAUUAACACUCAAUGGUUUAAAAGAACCCCACUGUUGGUGUUAAUAACUAGUGUUAAACCAAAACCACACCCAUCAUUAUAUUUCCCAGAAUGCUCUAUUGAGGGUAGAUUUCUUUUUUUGUAUUGUUUAUUUCAAUAUCUAUGUUUUUGCAUGUACAUUGUUUAAUUAACUAAUUAAUCUUAUGCUACUCAAAUAUAAAUAACAUGCAAUUUUCUAAACUAAUCCAAUAUGUUACUUGGACUUAUUGCACCCGGCACUGAAAUGGUUGUUCCAGUUUAGAUGCUUUAGGUAGUCUCAUCUCUUAUCUUCCCAACCCGCCAAUCAUUCUGAAUGCAGGUUGCUGGUGAACUCCAGGUUGCUGCAAACGUAGGCUAACCCCCCUCUGUCUGGAUUCCACUAGGAAUUACACAUCACUUUGCCACCCAGCAUAAUGUGACCUGCACACCUGAUUAUAUCAAGAUGGUGCCGAAGAACAUGGCUGACAUUUUACAUUCUCCCAACCAAUUGUGCUAUUUUGUUAGUUUUUUUGUGUAACUUAUUUUUUAACAUAUUGUGUACAUAAUGUUGCUGCUACCGUCUCUUAUAACCGAAAAUAACUUCUGGACAUCAGAACAGCGAUUACUCACCGCUGACUGGAAGAAACCUUUUCCUUUAACGAGUCUGAUGAGAAGGAUAUCCUGCUUUCACUGGAAUAGGCCCAGAUCCCCGCCUUUUUCAUGAAGAAAAGAUGCAGGAAAAGGGACAGCAGAUCGAGCAGCCUUCUGAGAAUCUAUAGGCGAGCGAGUAAACUCCCACUGCCAUCCGUUCUUAAUGCGCAAUCAUUGGAAAAUAAAAUUGAUGACCUACGAUUAAGAUUAUCCUACCAACGGGACAUUAAAAACUGUAACAUUUUAUGUUUCACCGAGACGUGGCUGAACGACGAUACGGAUAAUAUAGAGCUAGCGGGAUUUUGUGUCUUUUGUCAAUAACAGCUGGUGCGCAAUGUCUAAUAUUAAAGAAUUCUCGAGGUAUUGCUCGCCUGAGGUAGAGUACCUUAUAAGUUGUAGACCACACUAUCUACCAAGAGUGUUCUCAUCUAUAUUGUUUGUAGCCGUCUAUUUACCACCACAGAACAAAGCUGGCACUAAGACCGCUCUCAACCAACUCUAUAAGGCCAUAAGCAAACAACAAAAUGCUCGCCCAGAAGCGCCGCUCCUAGUGGCCGGGGACUUUGCCCGCGUUAAACUUAAAUCAGUUUUACCAAAUUUUUACCAGCAUGUCAUGUGCAACCAGAGAAAAAAAAUCCUAGACCAUUUUUACUCCACACACAGAGACGCAUACAAAGCUCUCCCGUCGCCCUCCAAUUGGAAAAUUUGACCAUAAUUCUAUCCUCCUGAUUCCUGCUUACAAGCAAAAACUAAAGCAGGAAGUACCAGUGACUCGCUCAAUACAGAAGUGGUCAGAUGACGCGGAUGCUACACUACAGGACUGUUUUGCUAGCACAGACUGGAAUAUGUUCCUGGACUCAUACAAUGGCAUUGAGUAGUACACCACCUCAUUCAUCGGCUUCAUCAAUAAGUGCAUUGACGACGUCGUCCCCACAGUGACUGUACGUACAUAUCCCAACCAGAAGCCAUGGUGUCACUGCUCUCUAGGAGUGGUGGGGAGGGAGAGAAGUCAGGCGCAGGAGAUCAAAAGUGCACUUGCAGAGCGUGUUUAUUCCAGAGUCCAAAAACACCAUGAACAGGCAUAAAACAAACCAGAAAAAAAUUGUCCACCCCCAAAAAGGGCCGGGACGCAGUCCAGAGAGAAACGCAAGCCCACAAUAGACAAAGAAAAAAUAAAUGCUACCCCAAAACCCACAACAGGUAACAACAAACAAUCCCGCACGAACCCAACCUAGACAAGCGAGACUAAAUACCCCACUAAUGACCCAACUCAAAACAGGCGCAACAAAAGACAGACAAAACCAAACAAAAAGGGAUCGGUGGCAGCUAGUAGACCGGUGAUGAUGACGACUGCCGAGUGCCGCCCGAACAGGGAGAGGAGCCACCUUUGGUAGAAGUCGUGACACAUGGAUUACAGUCAACAUCCGCAUCGAGCU